CUUCAGGUCCCCCAAUUUUGACGGCUGGUAUCGUCUACGACACAGAGAAAUGACCCAGAAACUGGAAUGCCUUCAUCUGGAGGUCGUGUGUGAUGCUGAUCUGCUGGGCUGGACCAAAGACAAGUCUGAGGUGGAAAUUGUUGACCUGAUUUUGAAACUGAGAGAAAAGCUUAUGAAGGCUCGCAGGCAGCAGCUCCCAGUGAAGGAGGGUGUUUUGGAAAAGCUGGAGGGAUAUAUUCAGACCAUCAUCGGCUCUCUGCCAGAGGACCUGCAGACUGUACUGCACAAACACUGACAGUCACACACUCUACUUUUUAUGAGGCUUGAAAUAUCCCUCAAAUGGUUGCCAUCUCCACACCUCCACCUGCCAUAAGUAGGAUAUUGAGAUACUAAAGUCUAGAUUAUAUAAGGCCAGUAUGUUUAGAAAUACUUUGCUACCCUGAAAACGUCUACUGUUGAGAUCUACAUCAUGAUGCCUUCACUAAGUUUACAGAGAAAAUGUAGUUAAGUCUGCGGAUACUGAAGCAUUACCUUAAGGCAGGGUGUCACACUGGUGGCCAAGAGUCUGCAGGUGUUCAUUCCAACCUAAAACCCCACCAGGUGAUUUCACUGUUUACCUGACCUUAAAGCAGAGAGGAGGGACUAAUUAUUGAAAUCACCUGGUGGGGUUUUUGGUUGGAAUGAAAACCUGCAGCCUGUUGGCCGUCCAUGGCGCCAGUUUGACACAUGGGCCUUAAGGGAACAUGUCAAGGAUAAUGUGUUACUUUUUUUUUUUUUUUUUUUUUAUAUGAAGAUAUUCAUCUAGUGGCUCCGGAUCUCUGUGGUGUUUGAAAUAUGUUACGAGACUUGGAAAGAGGUUUGUGCCGGAAUCAGUGGAUGAACUGGCAUUAGUAACCGUCUUUACUGUCCUCACUGGGUAAACACUCAAAUAAUUCAGCACUGGGCAUCUCCACCCUACACUGUAUGCAGUGUUACAUUCUAGUGUACACAAAUGCAGAACUAAAGCAUUAUUUUUGUACAGUAACACUACUGAUCACCAGGCUACAACCAAACUACUUCAUGGCCCUACAAAUUUAUUAACCCCCAACUCUCCCCACAGUGACACUUGUUACACUUAAAGCUUGUGAAUGUAAAAUGGACACACUUGAUCUUGCAUAUUGCACUCCCUUUUGGGUGUCUCCCACAGUUGUCUGAUUAUGUAAUAUUUAUUUGCCUUUUGUUCCUUAUUUAUUUGCCUUUUGUUCCUUGUUUUCUCCCAUGUUGUUAUAUGAAAAUAUUUUUUGUUCAUUUGUUCAUUAAGUAUUGAAUCAGCAAUUAAAAUCUGACUCAAAACUGUUA